UUAAACGUUUCUGUUUGCUUUUCCAAUCUGAAAUUUCUUAUCUUUUCCUAACCGUUUGAAUCGAACGAAGACUUGUACACAAUGCCCACACAAAACAGCAUUCUUCUAUGCAUGGGCCACACACCUGGAAUUCGCAGGAUAACUCGAUCAAAUUUUCCAAACUAAAAAUUCGAAAGCAGCUUCUUCUGCCCCAAAAAUGAGUGUGGACAAAAUGAACGUGCCUAAUAUGCUUGAGUUCCUCCGCUUCAUGAAUGAAUUGAAGCACUUGAAACGCCAGGGGUGGGUGUUGAAAAACAUUGAGCAGCCAGAGACUGUUGCUGGCCACAUGUACCGAAUGGCUGUGAUGAGCUUACUCUUGCCCGUCGAUUCAAAAAUUGACAGGAUCAGAUGCAUGGAACUUUCCUUGGUGCACGACAUGGGUGAAAGCAUCAUUGGUGAUAUCACUCCUUACUGCGGGGUGCCUAGGGAGGAAAAAUUGAAACGUGAGCGGGCCGCCAUUGAGAAGCUCGCCUCCUUGGCUGGUGCAGAGGCUGGGGAAAAAAUCACAGCUCUCUUUAGCGAAUAUGAAUCUCAAGAAACCGAGGAGGCAAAGUUUGUGAAGGAGCUGGAUCAUUUGGACCUGCUGCUGCAGGCGAGGGAAUACGAGCAGAAGGGUCACUCGGACCUUAACGAGUUCUUCAGGCUGCAAUUCCAGCACCCUACCACCAUGGCUCUGUCGCAGCAGGUGAUGGACGAUCACAAUGCCACAAAGUCUGUGAAAAAUGGUGACGCUGAAACGCCGGCUAAGUGAUGCUCAUUUCUGGGCAUUAACACAAAUUUUGAGCACUGUAUUUCUGACAAGCAGUUUUUGAUUUGCAAUAUUUUUAUUGACGGUUCCCGAAAACCUUAAACACUAGAUUAAAUCGCCCUGUUCUCUCGUGCUCACGACUGUGACUGUAUUAAUUAAAUUGGUAUAAAAAAAUGUUAUGAUUUCUUGCAGGUGUUGUAAUUUGAAACUGACUGUAUUAUUGAUACACUGUGUAGAGAGUACAAAAUGUCAAUAAACAGACGGCCUUGAAGGCCAACAGUAA